AUGGUCAAGAGUCUCGCUCCCGACGCCCUCUGCAGCGUCACGGACGCUCGCGGCCUCCUCGCGUGCCCGCCAACCGCCUUUCUCACAGACGUCGCCUUGGUCAUUCCCCCGGUCAGCGCGUCCACCUUGCUCUCACCUCCAGAGCAUGCAGUCCGCGCGCGCGAGGGGCGAGAUUCGAUGAUGGCACGGGCCAACUCGACGCUACGUGCGUACAGCGACUCCUGCGCCCCGCCCGGUCAGCGUGUGCGCCGCCGACGCGCACACGCUCUCGCAUCCUACUCACCGCGCCACUCGGCGGCGUCUCGCGAUAGCGAGAACGAGUGCAUGUCCGGCCAGGCGAGCGUCACGAAUGCCGCGCGUCACACUCCACCGGUGCGCCGCGCUCCCUCUCGUAUCUGCCUUGCCUACGACGUUCACCGCCGCGCGACGGCGACACUCUGUGAAGCAAGGCAAAUGCAUUCUUCAUUUCUUGCAUCGCUCAUCGUCACUCCCUCCCCUCCACGCCGUAUCGUGCGCCGCCCCCUGCUCCUCUCGAUGCCGUCGUCUCAGCCCCACGACAAGUACAUCAUACAUGCUGCAACACUACCUAUUUAUUCUCAUGUCAUCAUGCCGGCCCCCCGCGCACGACACGGACGCCAGCAGGCAGCGUAUCGUCGUGAGCGGUCACGCGCGAUCCCCGCGUCCUCACUAGCGCACACAUCGCAGCCCGCUACUCACGCGCCGAGACGGCAUACCGGGCGCGCACAGAACACGAUGCGCGGUACUGCAGACCGCGCUGCGCGCGCCGCGCACACAGCAGGCAAGGGUGUGCUGCCCGACAAAGCCUCGCACGGGAGCCUAGAAGACGGCGUCGUCAGCGCCUCGUGUGUCGACGGUCAAGAGCCGACGUGUGGCAUACCUAGACACGCGGAUCCGGCCUGUGCGCUGCCCGUGAAAGCGGGACGGCCGGUCGGCGUGACGUGA